AUGGUGGUGAUAAUGGCUGCUCCUCACCUUCACACCUCUAUGUAUUUUCUCCUGUCACAUUUAUCCUUCCUUGAUAUCUGCUACACUUCAGUCACUGUCCCAAAGAUGCUGCAGAAUUUCUUGGUAGAGAAGAAAACCAUUUCUUUUGAUGGCUGUCUUGCCCAGAUGAGCUCGAUUCUUCUAGUGUCCUGUACAGAAUUGUUCAUACUAUCAGCGAUGGCCUACGAUAGAUAUGCUGCCAUCUGUGACCCACUGCGUUAUUUGAGAACUAUGAAUAAGCAAGUCCACAUAAGACUGGUGGGUGGCUCAUGGCUGGUUAGUAUAUUAUAUGCACAGAUAAACACAGUUCCCAUGUUACAUUUACACUUCUGUGGGCCCAAGGAAGUGAACAAUUUCAGUUGUGAGCCUCCGUCUUUACUAAAAGUGUCCUGCACAGAGACCUUCAUCAGUAAGAUGACACUUUUCACUUCAGCUAUGAUUUUGGGUUUGACCUGCUUCUCCAUCACCCUGGUCUCUUACAUCUGCAUCAUCUCCACCAUCCUAAGGAUACAUUCAGCUAAGGGUAGGGGUAAGGCCUUCUCUACCUGCAGCUCCCACCUCAGUGUGGAUGUUCUGUAUUAUGGGGCUGGCAUGUUUCGAUGUCUGAGACCCACUCCAGCCUCUUCAGUCAUUCUUGACAGACUCUUCUCUAUCCAGUACAGUAUCUUAACUCCCAUGUUAAAUCCUAUCAUCUACAGCCUCAGAAGCAAGGAAGUGAAGGCAGCUCUGGGGAAUAUAUUGUGGAAAAUUAAAGACAUGUGA